AUGAUUCUAUUUAUAAAGUUGAGAUUUUUAUUGUUGGUUCCUGCGUUAAUUACAAUUGCUUGAGACCCUAAUCAUAAAUCUUCUCUGUUGUGUCUCUCUGUGUUCAAUUCAGAUCCCAGUCCAAUAUUCUGCAAUUCCUCUGGCUGGCACCCACUAUUUUUUAUUUUUAUUUUUAUUUUUUUCAAGAAUCCAAAACCCUCUCCGAGCUUAAUUGUGGGAUGUCCUCUGUCUAUCGCUCUCGUGUUGUCCUCUUUGUUGUAACAUAAAUUUGGCGGCUCUGCAAGGCACGGACCCCAGAAAAGCAAAUUCAAUUCAAGACCCAGAAAAUGAGGGCAUUGAGCUAAGAAGGCAAACAAAUUAAAAUAAAUAAAUAUAUUAAAGGUUCAUGGCAGGAUGGUCGAUGUUAACAAAUGGGUCUUGCUCGGAUAUCAUCAAUGGACACAAGGGUAAUGUUUGUUGCUCUGAUGUUACUCAUGCUGUGAAGAAUAGUAACGUUGUUGGCGAGUCUGAUGAAGAUUCUGAAGUUAAACUAAGAUGCCUGUUUGAUCAGGUUCUUUCAGUUUUUUCCAAUGAGGCAGCUUCUUGGGGGUGCAUUAGGCCCAUUCCUACAUUGCUUGGUAAUGGGGAAUCAUUGGAUUUGUUUAAACUUUUUCGGUUGGUGAGAAAAAGAGGUGGGUUUGAUAUGGUGAAUGGUUUCUGGUACUUUGUGGUUAAAGAGCUUGGGUUGGAUCUUGCUGCUUCAGCUUCAGUGAAAUUAAUUUAUUUUAAGUACUUGUAUAAGUUGGAAAGACGGUUGAAGGGAAGAAGCUAUAGAGAUGGGAGAUUGGGAAAUGGGCAAUGUCAAACUGAUGAAAACGUUAGUUGUUUAUCCGUGGAGUUGGAAUUAGAGAAAGAGUUUAUACGUUUGUUAUCACGUGGAUAUAAGAAGAGGAAGGAUGGUAAAUAUAAGAAAAAUGGAAAGAAUACCAAUAUGGUCGUUUUGAACAGUAAAACAGGCUUGUUGGAUACCAAAAAUGUACAUGAAGUAAGCAAUGGUGUUGGAAAUAGGCAUAUUGAUGCUGACGAAAAAAUUCGUGAUUGCAAGGAAAAGUAUUCUGAUGAUGAUGAUGUUGAUGAUGUUGUGAUUUUGGAUCCCAGUAUCGGCAGGAAAAUAUUUAAUCCACGGAAAAGAAAACGAGAACCACUAUCAAGAAUGCUGGACUGGGUGAUCCAAAUUGCAAAAUGUCCUGAUGAUUCUUCAGUUGGAGAGAUACCACCAUUAUCCAAAUUGAAGGAACAUAAAGGUGGUGAAUUAUGGGCCCAGGUCAUCAGGGCUCGGGAUGCUCUUAUGCGAAGAAAGCAAAUUGAAUCAAAAUCCAAACGAUCCCUUUUGCAGAACAAUCAAAAGAUGCAUCCAUCCAUGUAUGAGGAUGUUUCCCCUCUUAGUGACCAGUCUGCAGAGAGGUUAAGGUGCAGUGAGCGGCUUCCUGCUUUGGUGAAACCUCGUUUCUGCUCUUGUUGCAAUCCAUGUUCAUCUCCUCUAAGUAAAUUGACUAGUCCUCCCAAGACAGAGUCUGAGAGUGGUCCAAAGGAGCAACCGCUUGUGCCUGAUGAUUUAUCUGCUGCAAAUACAACGCUCAACCCAUCUGGGGAUGAACAUAUCCAGAGGCAUGCCUUAGUGGGUCCUCGUUUUCAAGCUGAAGUCCCUAAAUGGACUGGUAAAGUUUCUGAGAGUGACCCUAAAUGGCUAGGCACACAAGUAUGGCCUCUGGCAAAUGGAGACUGUAAUUCCCCAUUUGAAACAGAUUCUAUUGGUAAGGGAAGACCCAGUACAUGUGGCUGUCAGCUUCCUGGCUCUGUUGAAUGUGUCAGAUUUCACAUUGCGGAAAACAGAAUGAAAUUGAAACUUGAACUAGGCCAUGUGUUCUAUCGUUGGAGAUUUGAUCGCAUGGGUGAGGAAAUUUCACUUGGAUGGACUGCUGCAGAAGAAAAGAGAUUUAAGGAUAUGGUGAGAUUUAAUCCACCAUCCCUAGACAAGUGCUUCUGGGAUGAUUCUCGAAAGUAUUUUCCUAGAAAGCCAAAGGAAGAGCUGGUUAGUUAUUACUUCAAUGUCUUUCUUGUUCAGCGCAGAAGUUACCAGAACCGUGUGACUCCAAAACAAAUAGAUAGCGACGAUGAUGAAUCAGAAUUUGGAUCCUUGGGUGCCGCUUAUGGUCAUAAAGCGCUGAUGGUACCAAUUGGCACCGACACGUUGGUAUGUUCGGAGAAUAAACAGUGCACUGAUUUCAAGUAGAAAGGAUACAGUUUAAGAAUUUUUCACUCUGUUUUGAACCUUGAUGGUUUUACAACCCUUGAUCAAAGUUCAUACCUGUUCUUUUGUUACACAUCAGUAAUGCAUCAUUUGAUGCCCCAGAUAAUUUUGACAGGAUUAGUGAUUCACAUUUGAUACUGAUGCAAUUAUGAAAAGGUGCAAAAAUGGAAUUGGAGCCAGCCAAGCCAUGGGGCGAUUUCGGCUGGCUCUACGAAGAGGGAAUUUGCAUUCUGUGCUAAACUUCUCCAUUCUUAGUCAUCCAUCGAGUUAUCUUGAACUAUGCACCUGCUCAACAUCAGGUUGGAAGCUGUGCUACUGAUUCAGAUGGCAGCAUUCUAUUGAACGUGGUCGUGUGCUGGGUGAACAACUCGGGUGAGGAAAAUCGGGGUGGUGGGAGGUAGAGAGAGAGAGAGAGAGAGAGAGAGAGAGAGAGAGAGCUAGACACAGACGGCCGUUUCUUUCAAGUUUGUAAUUUAUUUGUUUUCAUAAGGCUUGCCAUUGCCAAUUCUUCAUAUCAUGUUUCAAGGUCUCAGGGAUACUUGUUUUGGCAAUGGCCAUUUUGCUUCUCGUGUAUUAGUUUGUUGUUUUGCUCCUGAAGUUCUAGUCUUCUAGAUGAAGAAGAUCAAUACACAAGAAAAGGAAGUGGUUCUCAGUCU